AUGACUGUCAGUGGGAGCCCCAACGACCUCCAGCGCGACGACAGUCACAUAGAUGAGGACGAAAAUUCUGAGAACAGCGCUGCGCUCCUAAGCCACGCCACCCCGACUCAAGGCCCCUCGAACGCCAAUCUCACUCUCGACCUUGCCCUCAGCAGCCGCCGACGAGCACGCGUCACAAACUAUACGACCUCAGAAGACGCCCUUCUCUUGUCACUCGUGGGAGACAGGCACGAACUGACUGCAAUAGAUUGGCUGGGCAUCGCAAUGGAAUUUGUCCGCCAGACAACCGGCAGAAAACGCUCUCUGGAUUCCUUGCAAAGACGUCACAAGAGGCUGCUGGCUAAGAAGCAGGGCACAGCCCUCGACCGACAGACCUCCUCUCGCCCAUCAGCCGCUCCACCUCCUCAGCCGGGGGUGCCAUGGACUCGUGAAGAGGCGCAGGCUUUGCUCAAUAUUGCUCUCAAGCACACAGACAAGACGCUACAAGAACAGACCAUGGCCAUCUACGCCGAUUACUGCAAGACUAUUCCAGGCUCUACGAGAACUCUUGAUGCUGUACGUAACAAGUACCGUCUACUUCUCGCCGGGCUGCAAAGUAGUCAUGAAGGGCCAGCACGCGGAACACGAGCAACCACGGGCUCAAUGAGGACGGUAUCUGGUGGAAGUCAGGUCACCACUGAUACGAACAACGAGGGAAGCUCAACUGGGCCUCGCCAACAGCAAAGCCACCUUGGCGCAGCAGGUCCUACGAGCACGGCCCCUAUCUCUUCAAUUGGCUCCACGCUUGACCUCACGCAAGGUGAUACACAGCAUUCAACUCACCAGCAGCGGGCGCAACUUUCGCAUGCCCCACUCAGUCAGGAUCACCAGCAGCAAGCAGAGACGCCAGGCCACCUCGAGCCUGUUGACGUUGAUGUGACCAUUGUCGAGCCUUCCGGGCUCAUCUUUGCCAACUGCCAGCCGGGCAUCGAGAUCCACAUCUUCUCACAUCACCGCUUCAAAAUCAGGAGCGCAGACUCUCCUCGUGAAGUCAGUCAGCAGCAAGAGUGCCAAUCCUCUCCUGCCACAUUGGCUGCGGGCUUCAUUCUUAAGAUCACAGACAACGGGUCCAUCCAGGCUACCAGACUACCCGUGGGUACUUCUUCCAGCUUUGCGGCGCUCCAGGUGGGCAACGGGACAAAUGAGCACCGCGCCAUGGCUUUCCAGACCCGAUUUGAGGCUCCUGACGGGCUUUGUGUUACUAUUGUCACGAGAGCGUAGAGGCUGAGGGCUCAGAAAGGCAAGCCGUGACGAGGGGAAGGAUUGAAGAGCAUAGGGACGAAGCGAGUGCGCAGAACAAGAGGCAAAGCAGAAGGACGUCACUUCCUCUCGACGUC